CCUUAACCAGAUACAUGUACCAUCAAGUUGAGAAUAUGUACAAUCAACAUUAAAGGAGAUGAAAGAUUUCGAAAUGGAUGUCAGGGAUAGUGAGCAACUGUCUGUACUCAUGUCUAAGGCUUUGGAGAGAAAUGGUACUGGAACAAAAGAAGAGGUGGACAUUAGAAGAAAGACACAGUUAGUGAUGGAACAGGCAUUCAGGUUUGGCGAUUCUGAUAUACACAGAUUUUAUGGCGGAAGUCGCGCUGAAGGAUUUUACCUUACAGAUUCUGAUUACGACCGAAUGUUAAUAAAUAGAAGUGUUACAGUAACUCGUCUUGGCCAUUCUGUACCUCCAAACAACAGAGGUAAGACAUUGCUGUACAUGAGAGAGGAAGGCUGUCGACCUGGAUAUGUCAAUCUUAUGCUUGGUGAGGGCCAGCUAGCAGGCAUCCAGAGUAUCCCCUUAAAGAAUUCUCUUGUUGAAACUGAGAACGGAGUCUUUGCUUCAAGUGAUAUGUAUCGAGAACAAUUCAUAUCGGCUUUGAAUCAACAUGUAAGUGAUCUGUUUGCAUCCAAUGGGCCUAGCUGUGCUACGAAGUCCGCGUUACUCGAUAUUGACCUUGUAUAUUGUUUCCAAUGUGACAGCUGGCCUUUGGAGGCUAAGGAAUGGAUAACUCGAUCACGACUGUAUGGCUGGCCACAUCAGAGAUUGAUAGACAAGAUCGUACUCAACGGCUGCCAUAUUGUCCCAGUAGGAGAUAAAUGUUCGGACGACACCUUACUGCAAUGGAGGAUAUCGUUCAUAUCAGCAGAGAGGAUGUUAGUUCACUCUUUUAAUCACGUUCAGUUCAAAGUUUACUUUUUACUCAAAUAUUUCCUGAAACAACUGAAAGACACAUUGAAAGAGGUAAUCGGUGAUGAUGACAUACUGUGCUCCUAUUUUCUGAAAACAGUCCUUUUUUAUGCUAUGGAAAGUUCUGAUCAGACAUUCUGGCAAGACAAGAACCUGUUUAAUUGCUUCUGGUUUUGUUUCAACAUUCUGAUAGCAUGGGUCAGAGCAGGAUACUGUCCGAAUUAUUUCAUCCCAACAAACAACAUGUUUAAAAAAAAGAUCUGUGGGAAUCAUCAACAGAUAUUAUUGACAAUUUUGACCGACAAUCAAAUAUUAAAGUUGGAUUGUCUUCGCUUUGGAACAGGUCAUACAAUAGUUCGGUAUCUGUGUCAUGCACCAAUACAUGAUCAACUUGUGCAGGCUGAACCUGUUUCGGAUCUUAUCAUCCGACGGGAUACGUCCAUUGUGCAACAUUUACGAACUUUGCAUUUCCCUACAAUCAAGUCUUUCGAGACGAUAGUGGGAAUGUUUAAUUUAUUCUUAAAAUCUGAAUCGGCGUAUGAAGACGUAUUAACGUACUAUUACUCCAUGCAUCUCGUGCACGAUUUGGCAGUGGAUCAAGUUUGCCAAGUCCAAACAACUGCUACUAGCAACAAGGCCAAGUACAACAGCUUGAAGAAGUCGAAACACUUGAUUAUACCAAGGUCUUCAAUGGGUACGGAUCUGUUGUAUUUGGCCACGUUCUACUUCCAGACAGGAAAUUUGCUUAAAUCCCUGGAACUCUGCAAACAGACAAUGGUACUGGCAGCACACUACCUUCACGACACAACAUCAUUGACAAAGGAACAGAAAGCUAUGUAUUCUGGGGGACAUGGCGACCUGGGCAUCCCUUCAGUCCAUAAACUGCAAACAGUGUUCACUGCAUGCAUUUCCUUCGAAUUUGGACAAGACGAUUUCUGUCUUCCACACCUACGACCAGAAAUAUCGAAAAAAUUCAAAAAGUUGGAUAUUCCUCCACUUCCGUACGCUGUCUUUCUGUCCUUCAUGUGUUACCAUGAAUUUGGAGACAUCGAAGGACGAAAAACAGCACUGCGAGAGCUUAUAGUUCUCAAAUAUGAUCACUUACAAGGAGGACAUAAAUACUGGAUAGUACACACCCUCCUGGGGAUCUGCUACCAAUCUGUCGGGGACAAACUCAGGGCUAUCAGGUGCUACGAGGACUCGGCACGAAUAAAGACGGAGGAUCACGAGUUUAACCCAGCCAUGGAGAGGAUAGACGCCUUACGGGACUCGGAGGAUGCUUAAAAUAGCAUUCAAUCAGUGUAAUCAAUAUACAGAAUGAUACCUGGAACUAAUAACAAUGGGAGCCUGAUGUUGUUUAAAAGUAUAUAAGAUUGAAACAUUGUAAUCAGUAUGGAAAAUAAACUUUGUAAGAGAUGAU